UUGGCAUUAACGGAUCAUCGCAUAAUGAAAGUGCCAUCGUUACAAUUGAUUGUUAUGAACUUACAAAUUGGUUUGAUAAGAUCUCAAUGUUCGUUCAAAAAUGCUAUUUUAUAUACGAUAUGCUCACCAUUGAUGCGUGAUAUUUACGUAUCAAUAACACCUGAAAUGGGAUCUAUUGCUGAUGCUCUGAUUGAGGUAUGUUAA